AUGGUAAAUUCUGAUUGGCUAAAACACACUGAGCCUGACGUGCUUGUGAUACAGGCUGCAGUUUAUGGUGACAUGUAACCAAAAAGUAGUUGUAACUUUUUAUUUUCCCCUAAAUAGACUAUGUUCAGGCAGUUCUCGUGCUCUGGCUCGACGCUCGGUCUCUAACCUACCGAGCGUGAAUCCGUUGGAUCAGAGCGUUGUAAACAUCCAACGAAUUUUUUUAAAAUUUGCUUUUUGAAGCAUGGCCGAAAUUUUUGGUUUGGGUUUAAUCGACCCAAUUGUCCUGAGUGCAAUCCCAAAUAUAAUUUUUGCCGAUGACGACGCUGAAGAAAUUUUAAUCGCAAUGACGAAAGAGGUGCAUGAAAAAAUUAGAGGUUAUUUUGAGGAAAUAAUUCCACGAUAUUCAAUAUCAGACUUCAAAUCACAUUUUCGAAUGACUCGGCGAACGUUUCAAAAUUUGUUGGAAACUCUUGCUCCAUCGCUGAUUGAUUGGAGGAAUGCAGAACAAACCACAGAUCCGGAGAAGCAAUUAUGCAUAGCUGUAUGGUUGUUAUGCAAUCUAGAAGUAUACAGGUAUGAUUUGUUAAUAUAUUAAAUUCAAUAACCCGCA